AGUGUGCGUGUGCGUGUGAUACCAUUAGCGAUGCAAAGUCUUGCCGCUUACUGGUGGCAGACAUUAGUUCCAAAAAUAUGUCUGGAUGUUAUUUUUUGUAAGCCUCAACUAAAGACCCGGAACAAAAAAUGAACUGGGCCUCAUUUUAUGCUGUCAUCAGCGGCGUCAACAGACACGCCACAGGAAUCGGCCGCAUUUGGCUCUCAGUGCUUUUCAUUUUCCGCAUCCUGGUGCUGGUGGUGGCAGCAGAGAGUGUGUGGGGGGACGAAAAGUCGGGCUUCACCUGCAACACCCAGCAGCCGGGCUGCAACAGCGUCUGCUACGACCACUUCUUCCCCAUCUCCCACAUCCGCCUGUGGGCCCUGCAGCUCAUCUUGGUCUCCACGCCCGCCCUUCUGGUCGCCAUGCACGUGGCCCAUCGGCGCCAUGUGGACAAGAGGCUCUACACGCUGUCAGGGAAGAGCAACCCCAAAGACCUGGAGCAGAUUAAGACUCAGAAGUUGAGAAUCACGGGGGCCCUCUGGUGGACGUAUGUCAUCAGCCUGCUGUUCAGGGUCACAUUUGAGGUGACCUUCAUGUACAUCUUCUACAUGAUAUACCCCGGCUACAAGAUGAUCCGCCUGGUCAAAUGUGACUCCUACCCCUGUCCAAAUACAGUGGACUGCUUCGUUUCCAGGCCGACAGAGAAAACCGUCUUCACCGUGUUCAUGCUGGCUGUGUCGGGCGUUUGUAUCCUGCUCAACAUCUCAGAAGUCGUCUUCCUGCUAGGAAAGGCUUGCAGCAAGCAGUGGAACAAAGCUGGAGACAUAAAUAUGGGUGCUUGGCUGCAACAUAAACUCAUACUGGGGAAAUAAGGCCAACUGAAACUGUCACAUGUGGACCACACUCACCUACUACAAGUUUUGAUUUACAGUACACUAUUAUAUGAACGUGCAAGACCAUAUGUACUAUACAUGUUGAAGUAUGCUUACUAACACACUCAAUGGUCGCAAUAUUAGGCACACUUACACAUUAUAAUGACUCCUUUCUAUGCAAGCCUGUUUACACCACUAAAAAAAAACAAUACCCGUAUCGUAACUCAUGAUUAUAAGGUAAAAAGUCGAAAUUACGAGAUAAGAAAAUUGAAAUUACGAAAUAAAAAGUUGAAAAUACAAGACAAUAAAGUCCAAACUAUAGGAUAAAUAGUCAUGAUUAUGAAAUAGAAAGUCAUCUAGUGGUUGGAGUGUCCGCCCUGGGAUCGGUAGGUUGGGAGUUCAAGCCCCGGCCGAGUCAUACCAAAGAUUAUAAAAAUGGGACCAUUACUUCCCUGCUUGGCACUCAGCAUCAAGGGUAGGAAUUGGGGGUUUGAUCUCCGAAAAUUAUUCCCGGGCACAGCCACCGCUGGUGCUCACUGCUCCCCUAAACUCCCAGGGGGUGAUCUAGGGUGAUGGGUCAAAUGCAGAGAAUAAUUUCACCACACCUCGUGUGUGUGUGUGUGUGGCAAUUAUUCUUACUUUAACUUUGUAAAUAUCAGACACAAAGAUGAAAUUCUGAGAUAAAAUGUAAAAUUCUGAGACAAGAAAGUCGAAAUUAUGGGAUAAAAAAUCGACAUUAGGAGAUGAAGUCGUCAUAAUGUGAUUGAAAAGUCAAAAAUGCUAUGCAUCCAUCCAUAUUCUACCGCUUAUUCCCUUUGGUAUCGCAUGAGGCGCUAGAGCCUAUCUCAACUACAAUUGGGCGGAAGGCGGGGCAAACCCUGGACAAGUCGCCACCUCAUCACAGGGGCAACACAGAUAGACAGACAACAUUCACGCACACAUUUACACACUAGGAAUAUUUUUUUUUAGUGUUGCCAAUAAAAAGUUGUAAAUGCUCAGUGGAAGUAUUUAAGUCCCACCUUAAAACUAGCUUUUAAAUAUACUCUGUUUUAGACCAGUUGACCUGCCGCUUCUCUUUUUUGCCCCCCUGGACUGCAUGGAGAGGUUACCAGGUGGCCACUGAUAAUACCUGAAGACGUAUCAGUCUGGAGGGGGCGUAGGCUGGUUUAAGUCGUAACCCGGGGUGUACCCCUCGUCGAUGACAUGAAAGAAGACCUCCUGUGACCUUCUACUAGCCCCAAAUGAACUGGACUCACACAAUAUCAUGAACAAUUCAGUAACUGUACCCACUUGACAUCCGUUGCAGCCGGUCACCUGCGAUACCUUCCCAAGGUUUCUUCUUUUUCCCAUUUUGGGCUUUUUGAGUUUUUCCUUGGGUUCAGAUCAGCUGUGGGUUCAGAUCAGGAGAUGUUUGUGGUUUGUGCAGCCCUUUGAGGCACCUGUGUUAAAGGGCUAAAUAAAUAAACUUUGAUUCAGUGAUUGAUAA